GUGGUGGAAACGCUAUUGAAAAAUUGCUUCUAUGAAAAGCGGUUGCUCUAAUCAAUUCGUAAUUUGUUUCUCGAAUCGAUAUGGUGCAUAUGAGAAGCCAUCACGCUGAUCACUGAACUACGUAUUUUUCAAUAAAUACGACACAAUUUCAGCCCAUGGUUCUUUAUAUUUACGAGUAAUCUUCGAAUCGAGCAAAAUGAGCAAGAUGUCACGUUAUCCCUCGGAUGGCAAAGUCUAUGUGGGAGACUUGGGAAGUAGCGCUAGUAAGCAAGAAUUGGAGGAUGCAUUUUCCUAUUAUGGAUCCCUACAAAAUGUCUGGGUUGCCAGAAACCCUCCUGGAUUUGCCUUUGUUGAAUUUGAGGAUCCUAGAGAUGCAGAGGAUGCAGUGAGAGGACUGGAUGGUCGUACUUUAUGUGGAAGACGCGUUCGUGUAGAACUGUCAAAUGGAAAGAAAUUGAGAGAUAGAGGCUCCUUUAGGAGAGGCAGUGGCAGACCUUUUCAUCCGGAAGAUAAAUGUUAUGAAUGUGGUGAAAGGGGUCAUUACGCUAGAGAUUGUCAUCGUCAUAGGAGUUCUCGCAGAAGAAGGAGUUGCGGCUGAGCAUGCGGCACACGCAUGAGAAACGUGUGUUGCUGCCCGACAUUGUCGCGCGAGAUUCGCCUUGGGUUCACGUGUUCGUGACACACACAUCGCGCGUCGUAGUUACAGCGUAGAGCACCCCACCUACUUUGGGUUUCCUUCUGCACAUCUCUGCGAGCGAGAAAGCGCGGCAAAAUCAUGAGGGGCCGGACACGUGUGGCGGCUACUAGUUCUGCGCACCACUACGAUACCGAUCCACUGACCACUGACCAUCACUGAUGUAGAUCGAGAGUUUAUGCACGUCGGCGUUCUUCGUUCAGCUAUCUGUGAUUUCUGCCUAGUUGUUGUCGUCAUCGUCGUCAUCGUCGUCGUCGUCGUCGUCGUCAUCAUCGUCUUCGUCUUCGUCGUCGUCGUUGUCAUCGUCGUCGUCCUCGUAAUGAUACCUAAUGACCGCUGAGAGAUAAACUUUCAGCGUUUCCAUCUCUAGCCACUCUUCAUCUCCGUUCAUCUCCGUACCUAUCGUGAUUUCAUCUGCAUAAAAGCGCUCGUCUACUCUCCCUUCCCAGCGUAGCCAUCGCGUGCACGCGAUCCACGAUUAUCUGCUAUAAGUACAGCCCGGGGAACAGGAUGGUACAUAAGCAGAACCAGUCAAGUAUAUAGUCUACAUGGAUUAAUGUAUACGGUGACGCAGAGUGAAUUUUGAAUGAGCGUAAUGAAGAAAUCCGUAUUACAUUAUUAUGCAUAAGCUUGCACCAGUCUUAAAGUUAGUUGCAUAUAUUGAAAUAGUUGGGUAGAAAGUUAUCCAACAGAAAUUGCGCAGAAGUUAUAUCGAUACAUUUUUAAAGACUAGAGUGAGACUGAGUAAGACUGACAAUUUUUAUAUAUUAGAGCUCGGAUAAUUUUACUAUUUAAUUUAUUAUACAUACACUAACAUGCAUCCUCCAUUAAAAAAGAAACUUGUAUCGAGACAUUGCACCUUUAUAAAAAAAAUUUGUUAGACUUAUAAAUAAAUAUAUACAUAUGCAUGUAUGUGUCUAUAUACGUAAAGGUUUAACAGGAGCAGAUUUUACCAUAUUGGCGAAAACGGAAUGCGCGCAAUAAUUUUGAAGAUAGUACGCGCUAAAAGUAAAAAUCUAAGUUCUCGAGUUCUAAAAAACAGUAGUGAAAUUAUCAUAUCUCAUGUUUCAUGCUAGUGUUUCGUAACAGUAGGAUAUAGGCAAAAAUAUACGCACGUGAUUAUAUUAAAACAUUUAUUCAUUGUACUUUUUACUUUAGGUGUUCCCGCUCGCGAUCAAGAUCACGAUCGCGCUCGCGCUCACGUUCCCGCUCGAGAUCCCGUAGUAAUCGUUCGCGUUCGCGCUCAUCACGGCGCAGCCGAUCCCGCAGCAAAAGCGAUAGUGCCAGAGAUAAGUAUCGCAACAAGAAACGCAAAUCUGUUU